AGUGGCGGAUUAUUCUUGCUACCUUCAUUCUCAGCUGAUCUUGUUCUUCACGAGAGCUUUGUAAUAGAAAGGACAACAUGGAGAGAGAGAGCCCAGAAGGAGAAGAUGGGUCCCCAACAAGCUCUCUGCUUCUGGGCAAGUCUUCAAGUGAAUCCUCGGUCAGGCCUCUCGUCGUUUUGAGCACUCUCGUUGCCGUUUCCGGGUCUUUCGCCACUGGGUGUGCUUCUGGUUAUUCAUCGCCCGCUGAGUCUGGAAUAAUGGAGGAUCUAGGGCUCUCUACGGCAGCGUAUUCGCUUUUUGGUUCAAUCUUGACAAUAGGAGGGUUGAUAGGAGCUUUGGUUAACGGGUGGAUGACAGAUAUGAUGGGUCGCAGACGUACCAUGGGGAUUUCACAGAUAAUUUUUGCUGCGGGAUGGCUUUCUAUAGCCUUUGCCAAGAAUGCUUGGUGGCUCAAUAUCGGAAGACUGUUGAAUGGAGUUGGCUAUGGGAUUAUUUGUUACGUGGUACCUGUGUACAUUGCCGAAAUAACACCCAAAAGUAUCCGGGGAGCAUUUACUGCAUUAAAUCAGUUUAUGUUAUGCUGUGGCAUUUCAUUGAUUUUCUUUGUGGGAACCAUUGUUUCCUGGCGUAUCCUGGCUUUGAUAGGUGGCAGCCCCUGCAUACUUCAAUUUUUCGGUUUGUUCUUCAUCCCGGAGUCUCCUAGAUGGCUGGUAAAAGUCGGUCAAGAAAAGGAAUUUGAAGUCACAUUGCGAAGACUCCGAGGCAAAAAUGUCGACAUUUCCCAGGAAGCGGCAGAUAUCAGAUUAUAUACAGAAACCUUUGAGCGGCAAUCCCGGUCUAGAAUUCUCGAUUUGUUUCAACGAAGAUACGCUUAUUCCCUCAUAAUAGGAGUGGGAUUGGUGAUGCUUCAAGAAUUUGGAGGCGCAGCUGUAUUUCCCUAUUAUGCGAGCUCUAUAUUUGAAUCUGCUGACUUUUCCAGCAGCAUUGGCACCCGAAGCAUGGCGAUUAUCCAGAUCCCGGCAACCGCUCUUAGUGUAAGCUUGACAGAUAAAGCUGGAAGAAGACCUCUUUUACUGGUUUCUUCUGCUGGAAUGCUCUUGAGUUGCUUUCUUCUAGGAUUCUCAUUCUUUGUGCUGGACCUGCAGUAUUGGAAGGAAGUCACUCCCAUUUUGGUAUAUGUGGGCAUUAUGGGGUAUUCCAUAGCUUACUCACUUGGCAUGGCAGGUUUACCAUCAGUUAUAAUGUCUGAGGUAUUCCCAUUGAAUGUUAAAGGGUCAGCUGGAAGCCUGGUGACAUUCGCCAAGUGGUCCUGUGCUUGGAUCGUUACCUACACUUUCAACUUCAUGUUCGAAUGGAGUGCACCUGGAACCUUUUUAAUCUUCGCAGUCAUUUGUGGUUUAACUAUCUUAUUCACUGCGAAGCUAGUGCCAGAGACCAAGGGGAGAGCAUUGGAAGAAUUGCAAGCAUCACUUGUCCAUUCUCUGCAAUGAUCUGUAUUCAUGUUGAAAUCUGAAUUGGCCGGUUAUUCUUCACCAGCCGAAUCAGGCAUAAUCGACAGCAGCAGCAAGGCCAAUCAUUAGUGC